GAAAAGGUAUUGAAUUACGUGAGCGAUCAGAAGAUCACUUUCGAUGAGGGAUGGGUUACAUUCAAUGUGACCGAACCCUUCAUACAAUGGGUUUCGUUUCCGCACAACAAUCUGGGUUUAUAUUUACGAAUUAGAGCCCAUACUAUAGAGCGAGACAUUGAUCCGCAAGAGAUCGGUAUAAUUGGGACGAAUGGACCGAAAGAUCGGCAGCCGUUUACGAUUGCAUUUUUCAAGAGCCGUGGAUCGGGUGGACGCGUCCGCAAAGUUAGACAAGUCUCGCGGAAACGACAACGAAGUGAUGUCUCCUUCUAUGAUCACGACGAGUGGAAUCCCUAUCUU